GAAGACGUGUAUGUGCUGCUGUCAAUGCCAACGGCGGAGGAGGCACUGAGAGCUGAAGACCACAUUUAAGACAAGAUGGCAGGUCUGCCCCGCAGGAUCGUCAAGGAAACUCAGCGUUUGAUUGCAGAACCUGUUCCAGGCAUCAAAGCAGAACCAGAUGAGAGCAAUGCGCGCUACUUUCACGUGGUCAUCGCUGGACCUCAGGACUCACCGUUUGAGGGGGGCACAUUUAAACUUGAACUCUUUUUACCAGAGGAAUACCCCAUGGCAGCUCCUAAAGUACGCUUUAUGACCAAAAUAUAUCAUCCCAAUGUAGACAAGUUGGGAAGAAUAUGCCUAGACAUUUUGAAAGAUAAAUGGUCACCAGCUCUGCAAAUUCGCACAGUACUGCUGUCGAUCCAGGCAUUACUAAGCGCACCAAACCCGGAUGAUCCCCUAGCAAAUGAUGUUGCAGAGACGUGGAAGAGCAAUGAAGCUGAAGCCAUAAAAAUAGCUCAGACAUGGACCAAGCUUUAUGCUGGAAACAAAUAUGACGUGUAAAACAGCCUGACAACUGGAGACACAAGUGGAAGUCAAGUGUGAACACAAUUCAUCAUGUUCUGCCAAGGCCUCUUCCUACUUCAUUUGCAUAUAAAGGACACAGUCUUAAAUAUACAGUAUAUAAAAAAUAUACAUAUAUAUUAUAAUAUAAACAUAAUCUAAAGGAAAAAAAAGACCUGAUGACAGUUGGUGAUUUAAAUGCACACUAGCGAUGACAUGACUCGUCUUUGUCCUUAUUCACUACUGUUCAAAUGCAUGGGCAGAGGUUUUCGAUCUACUCACCUGGCUUUCUUUGUCCAUCGAUUUUUGGGAGGCUUUCGCCAACAGCUGCUUCAACAAGCACAUUUAGGGGUAAAAGGGUGUUGUGUAUGUCCCAUAUGUUUGGUGUGGUGUGGGGUUGAGGGUGGGGCGGAGCAGAGGAGGGAAAAACUGACUAGAUGUGGUCAACAUGGUAUAUAUAUAUAUAUUUUUUUUUUGUUUUUGUUUUAGCUUCGUUCUCUUGUGUUGCUGUUCGUUUAUAAAAAUGCAGCUAACUACUAUUAGCCCCUUAUAUUUAGACACUCACCUGGAGAUGGACAUGAGUUGAGUCUUGCAUAGAUGGCCCAGUGGGACGCAUAAACAAUCGUAGCCCUACUUCUGUAAGUCACAAACAGCUCCAUUACAUACAGAGCAUUCAUUCAUUUUCUGAACUGCUUACCCCAGAGAUGGUCGUGUAGGCACUGGAGCCUAUCCCAACUAUCAACAGGCCCUGGAUGUGUCGCCAGUUCAUCACAGGGCUGACAUAUAAAAGAACAACCACCCCCCUCACCAAUACAGAAUACUAACACAAAAAAAAACAAUCUGAGCCUGCCACCAUCACAUUAACCUUUUCAACCGCUGUCAGUUUAGACUGUGGAAGAGGAGGAGGAGGAGGAAGAGUGUAGAAGAUAGAGUGGACAUGAGUGAACCUUUCCUUAGUUUUUAGCACAAAUAUUUUUAUUACCAUAUCCUGUCUUCUCUGAAAUGUUUUUGCUAUGGCCAUACUAACUACUCUGCCUUUUCCCCAUGUUUCAUCACAAUCUAAUGCUUCAAGACUCAGUGGUUUGCUUCCUUCCAAUGGCAUUUAUUUCACAAGGCAGUGGUUACAUUGAGCUGUCAGUCGUAUGAUGUCGAUUAUAAUAAUAGAUGUAUUUACGUGGGAGGACGAGAUGCAGGUUUGUUGCAGGAUCAAACUCCAGAAGAUCAAUGAAGGCUCUGACUGAUGUCAUGAUUGGUCUUUGGCUGAAAGUCUAUAUUCAGUUCACUGUUUGUAAAUUCAUUCUUUCUAUUAAUCUGGGAGGGGAUUAUUUUCCUUCUCCCAGUGUGCUAUGAAACAGUCCACCUGCAUAUGUUUUUGUUCUGUAAAUAAAAUCUGUUGAUUAAUAA